UUACAGAGGGAGAAGAAACAAAAUAGUGUAACUGUGCGUCGUUUAACAGACAGUUAUGGAUCCCUCGGAGGUUGAGUUCCUCGCCGAGAAAGAAAUGGUGAAGAUAAUACCAAAUUUCAGUCUAGACAAGAUCUUUUUGAUCGGGGGCGACCUGGGUCCCUUCAACCCUGGACUACCCGUUGAUGUUCCUGUGUGGCUGGCUCUCAACCUGAAACAGAGACAGAAAUGUAGAGUUAUUCCUCCUGAGUGGAUGGAAGUUGAGAAACUGGAGGAGAUGCGAGAUCUUGAGAGGAAAGAGGAUGCCUUUACACCCGUUCCCAGUCCUUACUACAUGGAGCUGACCAAACUGCUACUGAACCAUGCGUCUGACAACAUCCCUAAAGCAGAUGAGAUCCGUACGCUGGUGAAAGACAUCUGGGACACACGAAUUGCCAAACUCCGCCUCUCUGCCGACAGCUUCAUCAGUCAGCAAGAGGCUCAUGCCAAGCUGGACAACCUGACUCUGAUGGAGAUCAACACCAUACGAGCGUUCCUUCUUGAUUCUCUCAACUGCAUGUACAAACUACGCUCCAAUCUGCAGCCUGGUUCCAGUAAAGGACAGUUCAUGGACUAUUGAUUAACAAGAUCAAGGCCUGCUGAACAGGUUUAAAGCUCCAGUCCCAGGAGUUUGGGAAGGCUGGAGUAACAGCCUCACACUGAGGUGUGUGCUGACUGACCACGCUCUCCAUCACCGAAAAGACUGAAAUUGAGUCAUAAGAUUCCUGUUAAUGGCUCUUAAUUACUCAGCAUUUUUAAGGGGUUAUAUUUUUGCUGAGGGAGACAUUCUUUAAUCCGUACAUAUUAAAAGCAUCAAGGGUUAAUAUGUGUCUGCUGUUUGAAAUAUGUCUGUAUUUAAUGUAAUAAGUUAAGUUAGGAUGCUCAUUGUACUUUAAACAGUGAACCAUGUUUGUGUGUGUUAAUAUGUGACAAAAUAAAUAUAUUCUCUUUUCUAA